UGAUACCACGCACCUAUUUUCGUGGAUCUUCCUGAUCCCGUUGCAGAUGAAUGACAUAGGGACAUGGACUCCCCCGUCUGGGCGCUCCGAUGACGCUCCGGUUCACCCUCUCACCAGCUCUCCGCCGAACGAAUCGUCACCGAGAACAAGAUCCGUGAUCCAUCGGACACGGACAGGAUGUCGCACAUGCAGGUAUAGGAGGGUGAAAUGUGACGAGACGAAACCAGAGUGCAUCCAAUGCCUCAAAGGCAAGAGGACCUGUGCUUGGCCCGGGCCUGACGACAAGAGAGCAAAGCCCUCAAGGAGACCUAACGCGACAGCCUGCGACUUCUGUAGGGAGAAGAAGGUAUCACUGCUUCCACAUUUGCGAGCCGAUUAACAAGCAAUCCCGUUGCCCCAUUCAUCUGACAAUGGCCGAAUGCAGCUCAAAUGCGUCGGGGACAUAGAUAAUGCAUGCGUCAAGUGCAGCAACUUGGGCAUCGAAUGCGUGCGAUCCCAAAAAGACGGUGAAGCAACAGCGUCUAGAUCUCUGCCCCUUCUCCCGAGCGACAACAGCAGGUCCAUGGUCGUUUCUCCCACCACGUUGCUGCCCUCCACGUACAACCCCCAGCGCUCACAGAUCAAUAACCCCGACGUUGAGCACGAACAUCCUCCAGCUGCCCCUCCACAACAGGGUCGUGAGCUAGAGGGUUUGCCACCAAUUACCGAUGUGCCGUUGGCGUCAACGCCUCUGGGUCAGCUGCCGACCGGCAAAGAGCUUGAGGAUCUCGUCCAGCUCUAUUUCUCCUCUGUUCACCAUUUCGGCUUCUUCGCAUUUAUUCACCAGCUCCAUUUCAAUCGUCUCCUCUCCAAAGGCAAGGCUCCGCGGGAAUUGACUCUUAUGAUGAUCGCCAGCGCGAUGCGGUUUGCGACCAAGGCCACCCCGGAGAACUUGGCGAAAGCAGAUGCUUGGGCAAAUACGGCGAUUAGCAGUCUUCUUCCGCGCAUGUACCAGGGAUUUGGAGCGAUCCAGCUGAUGACACUCCUGCUAGCCCAACAUUACGAUUUGAAUCGCGGCAACUUUACGUCUGCCUGGCUGUUAGGCGCUAAUUGCACAAGAAUGAUGCAGAUGAUGUCUUUACAGACAUUCGACCGUACUUACCCGGCAAAAUUCGCCUCCAAUCUGCGACUGUCGCCUCUUCUGUCCUGCGAAGCUCUCCGGCGCGUGGCGUGGUCGACCUUUUAUGUCGACACCAUUGUCGAUGGAGGGCGAUACGGAUUCCACAUUGUCGACGAAAAGGCCUAUCGUCUCCAACUUCCGUGCGACCAGGCAAGCUUCCUGGCCGACGAGACGGUCGUAACCGAGCCACUUUUCUACAAUCCUGCCGACGCUGCCAAUGCCAAUGCCGCUAACCUCGACCGAGCGCCCCUCGACAUGUCUGCAUACCUCCUUCGAACUGCUGCCGCACGUCGUCGGGCUCUCCACUUUGCCUUUCGCGCCUCUCACAAGGAGCAGAGCGUUGAUCAGCUGUCGACCGAGCUGGUCGCCAUUGAGGCUGAUAUAGAGGAGGUUAUUGCUGCCUUGCCCAAGCGGUUCCAUUUCAACUCCGACAACAUGUUUCUGCAUCGUGACCGGCUAAUCACCUUCAUCCUCUUACACAUCUUACGUCACAACCUCUUUAUUGUCAUUGGCCGCGCUGCCUUGCAAGUAUAUCAAGGCGACCCCGCCAAAUCAGAGCUUGUAGCCGGCGCGCGGCGGAACAGAAUCUCUCAUGCUCUACCAAUAGCUGGACUCAUCUCGGAAGGCCUAAAGGCUGGUAUCAGCUUUGAUCCCCAGAUUGGCGUACAAGCAUAUGUCGCCCUUGAGAUCCUUCUCUUCGAGCCUCGUCGCUUGUCCGAGACGGAUCCCUUCGUUGACCCCAAAGCGCCUGAGCUGAUGGAGGCAAUUGCGCAUCUCCUCACCGUGAUUCGGGACAUUGCAGAACGAUCCGAGUUUGUCAAGCAGCUGCAUAUCGAAGCCGUUCUCCGGCUCCUGCGCAGUGACUGCACGCACCUCCUCAACCAGACCGACUUUGCGGCGUUUCGAAGCGAGUACCGACUCGUCGGACAAGAUGCCGCCGAGUACGACUUCCGCGACUUUCGGUGGGCGAAGCUCGAACGGAUCCGCCGCGGCGCCGAGUCGUCGUCCACCAACGCGGCACGCGACGAAGCCCUGCUGGAGUACAAGGUCGGCGAAGAGACGACGGCGCCCCCCUCAGCGGCCCCUUCGCCACGCCUUGACGCCAUGGACGUCCGGAACGCUCUGAGGCCGCCUUCCUCCUCGACGACGACGACGGCGACAGCUCAACCCCUCCCGUACGCGGAGCAAGCGAACGCCCCCUUGGAUCUGUCCGAAGCACAAGGCGUUGAGGCGGGUGACAUAACGCAUAUCGCGCAGCCGUGGUGGGGGCUCGCGCAGCCCGAGAACGCCGACCAAGCGUUUUCGCUGGAUUACUCGUGGCUCUUGGAUGACUCGGGCUUGCCGUGGUCUCAGAACAGCGGUGACCUGACGAGGGCUUUCCCUCAGAUGUAACGCGCAGAGAGACUUGGGGUUGGGCGAUCCGAGCACGAGACGUGAUGUGGUUUGCACCAGUUGGACCUAUAUGAAUAGUACAUUCAGAUCUAUCUUCAGGUACAGCUAUCUGACAGACCCUGAAGCUCUGGUUCAUAAAUUCAACGACCAAAAUACCGGCACACGACGCCCCUCGCAGCAACGGCCGUUCAACGUCGCCCGCCUGCUGAGGAUCCAUAUAUGUGUAUAUCUAGAUAUCAUCGUACAUGCUCUAAACC